UGUAAACUCAAACAACAACAACACGGACGAAGACGUCUCUUUCUUCUCCUUGUACUUCUAUUCUUCGUGAAUUUCAGGACGUAUUUCCUUUAAAAAAUAAACAAGAAUGCCCGGAGUGAGCAGAUAGCAUGGCGAUGAAGCAAGGAAUCGAUUGUCGGACGUCUCUCUCAAGUACAGAUGGAGUAGGAGAUGGAACUCUUCAGUCAUCACAUGAACAUGAUGAAGGAAACAUCUGCAUCAAGAAGGAAGGAGAAGUUGAGUGUCUUUCCAUUCCAGGUGCAGAUGGAUUGAGAUAUGAGGGUCAGCUUGUAACUCAAGACGGUCUGGUCAUCACCAUCAAACAAGAAGUUGACACUGACACGUUUGAAUCUCUCUCAAGUACAGAAGGACAAGACCCAUCGACUGAACAAGAAAUGGUCUAUGCCACCAUAAAGCAAGAUGAGGAAGAGAUAUUUGAACCUAUUACAACUCAAGGUGAAGGAGGAGGAGAAACUGAGCAAUCAAUUACUGCAGAGUUGGACAAUGGACAAGACGAGAUAAACUCACUUAUUACGGCAUGCAGUGGAGAGAAGUCCCAUCUGUGUUUACAUUGCAAAUUGGACAAUGGACAGGACAAAAUACACUCACUUGUGACAGCAUGCAGUGGAGAAAAGCUUCAUCGAUGUUCAUGUUGUGAUAAAAGAUUUUCUGGAAAAAAUUUGGACAAUGGACAGGACAAAAUACACUCACUUAUGGCAGCAUGCAGUGGAGAGAAGUCCCAUCCAUGUUUACAUUGCAGUAAAACAUUUACUGAUGAGAACUGUGGUGAAAAUCCUAAUCAGUGUUCCCAGUGUGAUAUGGGAUUUCCUCAUAAAAGUACUCUUAUUAGUCAUUUAAGAACACACAGUGGAGAAAACCCUCAUCAAUGUUCCUAUUGUGAUACAGGGUGUUCUCAAAAGAAUAAAAUUACUAGGCACCUAAGAACACAUACAGGAGAGAAACCCUUUAAGUGUUCCCAUUGUGAUAAGGUUUUAUCUUGCAAAAGUAAUCCCACUACCCAUUCAAGAACGCACAGUGGAGAAAAACUUCAUCGAUGUUCCUAUUGUGAUGCAGGAUUUUCUCAAAAGAAUAAUCUUACUAGGCACCUUAGAACACAUACAGGAGAGAAACCCUUUAAGUGUUCCCAGUGUGAUACAGGAUUUUCUCAAAAGUCAUAUCUUAAUAGCCACCUUAGAACACACACAGGAGAGAAACCCUUUAUGUGUUCCCAUUGUGAUAAGGGUUUUUCUUGCCAAACUAAUGUUACUACCCAUUCAAGAACGCACUUUGGAGAAAAACUUCAUCGAUGUUCCUAUUGUGAUGCAGGAUUUUCUCAAAAGAAUAAUCUUACUAGGCACCUUAGAACACAUACAGGAGAAAAACCCUUUAAGUGUUCCCACUGUGAUAAGGGUUUUGCUUGCCAAAGUAAUCUAGCAAGGCAUCUACUGACACAUACUGGAGAGAAACCUUUUAAGUGUUGCUAUUGUGAUACAGGAUUUUCUCAUAAGUCAUAUCUUAAUAGCCACCUUAGAACACAUACAGGAGAGAAACCUUUCAAGUGUUCCCAGUGUGAUAAGAGUUUUUCUCAUAAAGAUAAUCUUAUUAUUCAUUUAAGAACACACAAUGGCAAAAAGCCUUAUCGAUGUUCCCAUUGUGGUAAGGGAUUUCUUCAUAAAAGUACUAUCAUUAAUCAUUUAAGAAGACACAGUGGAGAAAAGCCUUAUCAAUGUUCCCAGUGUGAUAAGAGUUUUUCUCAUAAAGGUAAUCUUGUUAUUCAUUUAAGAACACACAGUGGCAAACAGCCUUACCAAUGUUCCCAUUGUGAUAAGGGAUUUCCUCAUAAAAGUACUCUUAUUAAUCAUUUAAGAAGACACAGUGGAGAAAAACCACAUCAAUGUUCAUAUUGUGAUUCAGGAUUUUCUCAAAAGAAUAAUCUCACUAGGCACCUUAGAACACAUACAGGAGAGAAACCCUUUAAGUGCUCCCAUUGUAAUAAGGGUUUUUCUUGCCAAAGUAAUUUAGCAAAGCAUCUAUGGACACAUAAAGGAGAGAAACCUUUUAAGUGUUCCCAGUGAGAUUCAAGAUUUUGUAAUAGAAAUACCCUGACCCGUCAUUUGAGAAUACACAGUGCUGAAAAGCCUUAUAAAUGUUUCCAUUGUGAUUGUGUGUUUUUUUCUUGGAAAAAAAUAAACUUAAUACCCAUUCAAGAACGCACAGUGGAAAAAAGCUUAUGUCCCUAUUGUGAUAUAGCAUUUUUGGAAAACACUAAGCUUGUGUUCCCAGCGUGAUAAGGGAUCUCCUUAUAAAAGAAUCAUUUUACAACACAGUGAAGAAAAGCCUUAUCCAUCUACCUAAUGUGAUACAAUAUUUGUUCAAAAGUCUAAUCUUACUAGCCACUUAAGAACAGAUACUGGGUACAAGCCAGACACCCUUAAGUGUUCCCAGUGUGAUAAGUGAUUUUCUCAUGAAUGUAAUCUUACUAGCUAGUCAUCUAACGAUACAUACUGGAGAAAAGCCAUUUAAAUGUUUACUCUGUAAUGUUUACUCUGUGUAUGAUCUUGCUUAUUGCCUAAUAACAAACAAGAAAAAUGCUAUAUAAAUGUUUCAAAUGUAAUAAGGGAGUCUGGUGUAUAAGUGAUCUUACUGCCAAAGGAAAUUAGUGCCGCGGUGGGACUCGAACCGCAGACCUUGUGAUCCACAGUCCGAUGACAUAUCCACUCGACCAAGACACUUCUUAAAAUGACACCUGGCUCAAAUACUGCCCAGGGAGUGGAGCACGUUGAGAUCAGCAAUUGAAUCCAAUGACCAGGGUAUCAAUAAAGACAAUGUAAAGUACAUGUGUACUUUGAAACUUAGUAUUAAGCACUAUACCAAUGCGACUAUUAAAGGUGUAUUAUAAAGAGGUAUACAAUUGUGACUUUUAUUAUUAUAAAGGUUUUUUGUUAAUCUAGAAGAAAUCCUUAUUUCAUAGCCUUGUUAGAACAUAUAGGAGAAAGCAGGGAAUAAAGGCCAUAUCAACUUCUCAAUGCAAUAAUGGAAUUUCUCAAAAAUGUCCACUUACUAGCCUUCUACAUUGAAGAAACGUUUUAUAUUGUAUUGUUCAAUUAGGGGCUAGGAGUUUUUUUGGAAAGAAUCUUUUUUAUAGCAGAUUUCCGGUUUUGAGAAAAUGUCCUAAAUAGUGUUGCUAUUUCAUGUGUAAGACUAUAUGUUCAUGUACAUUUAUAUAUUUUCAGUGUCAUGAAUGUAGAUUUUCAUUUUUUUUUCAGUGUCAUGAAAACAGUCAUGAGUCCAUGUAGCAAUAUUUUGUGUACUGUGAAUUUAUUACAAAACUCCAGGAGGGGGGCAUUACAACACAUGGCGUGCUUGACAUAAGAUUUCAUUUUACAAGCUAAAUAAAUCCCAAAUUUUGUUUGUACAAGUACUCUCAAAUAAUCAAGAAGCGAUAUAUAUCUUUUCUCGUAUAUGAUGUUUAUUCCCCAGGCAACCAUUUAAAAGGAUAGUAUAUGUAUUUAUUAUUGUGUGUACAACAUAUACAUGUGUGUGUUUACUCUGGAAAAUAUAUUUCUAGAUUGAAUGUAACCUUGAUAUUGAUAUUUCUCUUUUGUAUCUUUUAUCAGAUUUUAAAACGAUUUACUCAUAUUUUUUAUUUCUCUGCUCUCAUUCAACACAACUUGGGAGGACUUUUAUCCCUAAUUGAUCUCUGUUUCAUAGACUGAACACUUUUACAUAAAAGGUUUUUCCUCCUUCAUUUGUUAUGAAAGAACCACAGUAUUAUCAUGUGUAUUAAUAGUGAUUUUGUUUAUUAUUACAUGUAUCUGGAACUCGUGUUAUUGUAUUGUAAGCAUACGGCACACUAUAGGAUUUCACUAGCAUCCUAUUUUCGAUGAAGUUGCAAAAUAUGAACAUUCUAUUAUGUAAAUUGUUAUGAUUGUCUAAAUUGUGGUAUAUCACCUUUAUCAUUCUAUUAACCAUCUCCUCCUGUCAAUUUCUAAUACAUCUCAUUUCAUUCCAUCCUCAACAUCAUUUUUGUAUAAAGGAAUUAUUAAGUUUUAUACAGCAUUGCCACACCUUCAAGCUAAGCGUUAAUAUAUGGCAAUCCUUCUUUCUUAUUCUGUCAUGUUAAUAUUACGAUGUAAGUGUUGUACUUUGAUGUGUAUUAAUUAUAUGUUUAUUAUUGUGAUUAUGUUGUAAUUAGUUUGUAAUUUUGGAAAGAGCGAUGAAGAGAAAUGAAUAAAUCAAAUUAAAAUAAAUCAA